AAACGUAGAAAACACACCCAAAAAUAACCUUUCUUCUGAUAAAGAAGGAAAAGAUAAUAUAUCUAUAUUCUUGAGAACAUCACGCAUACGUCGCGGUGUACAAAAUGAUUAUGGUGCAACAUUUGGUGGCUGCCACAGCGCAUAAUUUUGCUAGCCAGGCGGCAGCCCUAGCCAACGUAACCAGCUCCUCCUCAUCAUCAUCAUCAUCAUUAUCCUCGUCGUCAUCGUCGUCAUCUUCUUCGUCAUCAUCGUCUUUGUCGUUGUCAUCGUCGUCCUCCUCCUGUUCAACAUCAUCGGCCACACCAACGCCUGUGGCAUCUCCGAUAACACCCACAUCGCCCACUACAGCCAGGACAUCGCCCACGCCACCACCAUUGGUGGCAGCAACAGAAGCAGCAACAGUGGCCACCGCCACAACGACGCCACCAUCUCCAGUUCCAAUAGCAGCUAUAGUUCCAAUUCCAGUCGCAGUCGAGGAAUCUAAUUCAUCGCCAUCGCCUUCACCACCAUCUCCACCAUUGAAGACGGCUGCUGCUGUUGGAUUGGAAUUAACUGCUGAAUCAACAAAGCCAAUGCGAGUCAAAGUUGAACGGGAAACAGGUGCCAUAGAUGUCAGCGAGUCAGCAGAGUCCACAAUAGCAACGUCGACGACAACGAUAACGACAACGACUACGACGAGUCCAAGUUCAGCUGAUGUUGAGAAAACUUUGGUGUCUAAGCCGGAGCCAGAAGGCGAACUCGAACUUGAACCCGACGUUGAGCAGCAAUGCUCUCCGCCUGCAGCUGAUGAAGAGGAAUCCUCCGAUUGUCGUGAAUUCAAGGUGCUCUACAAUCAUCUAAGGCAACAGCAGCAACAUCAACAGUUACCCUCGCCGCAAGCGGAUAAAACCCGCAGCACCUUGGAUGAUGUCUCAAAAAUACUUUGGGAACGCAAACAGCAACUACAGCGCAGCUCGGUGAUCACUAGCAAUGUCCAUGUCGUCCAGGCCAUGAUGCAACAGCCGCAGCCGCAACAUCACCAGCAGCAGCAGGAACAGGAGCACCAGCAGCAAAUGAUGAGUGACAUUGAGGAUGAGGAAACUAUAUUGGAGGAGGAUAUCGAUGCGGAUGUGGAAGCGGAUGCCGAUGAUGAAGAAUUGCUGGAGCAAUAUCAAGAUGGUUAUGACUCACCAUUGGAUCUGUCGUUAAGUAGUGCCACAACAGCAGCUGCCACAGCGGCGGCGGCCAACCGCAGACGAGGACGCACUUACUCUGGCACAGAAUCCGAUGAUUCGGCCCAAUGUGAAAGGGCGCGAAUGCGUCUGAAGCCAGCGGAACGUUCGGCUGCCUAUAAAAAGAGCUUGAUGAAGCGUUACUAUACUGAAAUUCCUAUUGUUAAACAAUCAACGAGUCCGGCACCGCAGCAGCAGCAGCAACAACAACAACAACAGCCACACCAACAACACCUGCAACAGCAACACCAACAGCAACAACAGCAGCAACAACAACAUGCUGCCUCAGCAUUUGCUGGAGCUUCUGCAUUGCUUCACAUCAAAACCGAGCAGAAUCCACUAUUAACUCCACUACAACAUCAGCAGCAACAACAACAACAUAGUUUACAUGGUGCAACGGGCAACAAUAAUGCACACCAACAGCAGCAGCAGCAGCAGCAACAACAACAACAACAACAACAACCUUUGGCCAUACCACAUCGGCCAUUACUACACAAUCUGCUAAGCGGCGGUGCAAUCCACAAUCCACAUCACAGAAACUACACGACAGCCACAACAGGUUCAUUUCCGCCCAGUCCAGCCGAUAGCGGUGUAUCCGAUGUGGAUAGCUCCAGUUCCGGUGGCCAGCCCUGUGCCGAUGAAUUGAAGGCACGCCUGGGCAUGCCCACAUCGUCGGCAGCAGCAACAUCAGCAUCAGUCUCAGCAUCAGCCUCAGCAUCGGCAGCGGCGGCAGUUGCCGCCCACCUGCAUACGGGCACAUUUCUGCAUCCGAAUUUAUAUCAGAAUAAUGCGGCGAAUUCGUUGCGGAAUAUAUGGAAUCGCAGUGUUGGUGUACCCGAUAAUUACUAUGGCAGCAGUGGAGCUGGGAGCGGUGGCGGUAAUCACGGCACAAACGGCAAUCCACAAACUCCGAGCUAUUUGACAACGUCCUACUUCAAUACACCAACAGCAGCAGCAGCAGCAGCAGCGGCGGCAGCCUCGCAACGCAGCUCAGCUGUCAAUGGCUAUCAUUCCCUGCAGCAGCAGCAGCAGCAGCAACAGCAAUCGCAGCAGCAGCAACUCAACCAUCAGCAAUUGUCGCAUCAGCAACAACAGGCACUGCAUCAGCAUCAUCAACAGCAGCAACAGCAGCAGCAGCAGCAACAACAACAACACCAGCAACAUCAACAGCAGCAGCAGCACCCGCACUCCCAGCUAAGCGGCGGCCCACAGGCAACGCACUCCCACUCUGCACAUCCGCAUCCUCAUUCAGUCCAGCAACAGCAGCAGCAGCAACAGCAGCAGCACACGCAUUCCACAUUGGCCAAUGCGGCGGCGGUGGUAAGCAGCAGCAGUGCGGUGGCAGCUGCCGCCAUGCUCAGUGCCAGUGCGGCGGCAGUCUCACAGAGUGUCAUCCAGCCGGCGACCUCUAGUGUCAGCUAUGAUCUCUCGUAUAUGCUGGAAUUGGGCGGUUUCCAGCAGCGGAAGGCGAAGAAGCCGCGCAAGCCCAAACUGGAAAUGGGUGUGAAGCGGCGAAGUCGCGAAGGUUCCACCACAUAUUUAUGGGAAUUCCUGCUCAAAUUGCUGCAGGAUCGUGAAUACUGUCCGCGGUUCAUUAAAUGGACAAAUCGGGAGAAGGGCGUCUUCAAGCUGGUGGACUCGAAGGCGGUGUCCCGCCUCUGGGGCAUGCAUAAGAAUAAGCCCGACAUGAACUAUGAGACAAUGGGCAGGGCAUUGAGAUAUUACUAUCAGCGAGGCAUCUUGGCCAAGGUGGAUGGUCAGAGGUUGGUCUAUCAGUUUGUCGAUGUGCCCAAGGAUAUAGUCGAGAUCGAUUGCAAUGGUGUCUAAGAUGACGAUUACGAAGAAGUCAUGGGCGAGUGUAAAUAAUAUUUUGAAACUGAAACUGAAACUGAAACGUUGGCAAUAACUCCCUCUCCCGCUGGAGAAAGGAGAGACCUCUCCAACAUACACACACACACACACAGAGUGAGAGAAAGAGAGAGAACAAGCGGGGGAGAGACAACAGACAGACAGAGAGGAUGGGAGGGAAAGCGGCAAUAGUAGCAAUGUAGGCAAGAGCAAGAGAUCCGAUCUAUAUAGAACAUUAUGCGUAUAUAUAUACACACACAAACACACGCAUGUCUA